AUGAACAAACCCUUGUUCAUGCGUAUUGUCAAUCGUCUCUCUACCGAAGUACCAUAUUUUCGCCCAACACAAGAUGCAACCGGGCGAUCUGGUCUAACUCCGCUCCAAAAAUGUACUGCAGCAAUUUGUCAAUUGGCAUACGGUGGUGGGGCUGAUACAGUUGACGAGUAUGUACGACUAGGUGAAACAACUGCUGCAAAAUGUUUGCACCGUUUUGCUGCCGGAAUAAUCCACUUGUUUGGAGAUCAAUAUCUAAGACGCCCUACACCGGAGGAUCUUCAAAGACUACUCUUUGAAGGAGAAGAACGUGGCUUUCCGGGGAUGAUUGGAAGCAUCGAUUGUAUGCAUUGGGAGUGGAAGAAUUGUCCUUCCGCUUGGAAAGGAAUGUAUUCACGAGGAACCGGAAAACCAACACUUGUAUUGGAGGCGGUAGCUUCAUAUGACCUUUGGAUAUGGCACGCGUUUUUUGGAUCUCCAGGUACAAUGAACGACCUUAAUAUUCUUGAUCGCUCACCUGUUUUUGAUGACAUUAUUAACGGAAUAGCUCCGCAAGUCAACUUCAACGUCAACGGAAGAGAGUAUCACUUGGCUUACUAUCUCACAGAUGGGUGA